AUGUUUCUCCCCACCAUUCUCUCCAGCGCUCUCGUCUUCUUCGUCGCCCUCGCCGGUGUGAAUGCUGAGAAGCAUGUCGUUGAGUUUGAGAACAAGUGCGGUCACGGAACGCCGAAGCUCGUUAGCCAGAACGGCAAGGUUCUCUCCAACGGCGGGAAGUACACGCAUCAAGGCUCGCUCGUCGGCGCUAUCGCCUUCCUCCAGACCGGCAACUGCGAUGCCAACGGCGGCGGUUGUCUCUUCGUUGAGACGACGCUCCAGAACCCUGACCCGAACGCUCCGGGCAGCGGGUCCAGCACGGACCUGUCACUCAUCCCGCCGCACAAGUUCUCGGUGAAGACCGGUUUCCAUUACUUCAACGGAUGCGACGGAAAGGGUAAGGUCUGCGCGGGCCAGAAGUGCAAGACCGCGUUCCACAAGGACACCGACACCCAGGUUCAGGUCGCUUGCCAGAAGAAGAACGUCGACCUCAGGAUCACCUUCUGCGGUUAA